AUGGCAAAUCAAGCUAGUAACUCAAGGCACGGUGGUUCGGUUCCUGGCCAUAGAGUGAUUCAUCGUGAUCGUGUAGAUGAUCAUGACAACUACUGUGUGCAACGGAGAGAUAAAACUGGAAGGUUAGGCUUGUCUACUUUACAAAAAGUAACAGCAGCCUUUCGAAUUUUGGCUUAUGGAGUACCAGCGGAUGCAACAGAUGAAUACAUUCAAAUUGGCGAGAGUCGUGGUUUUCCAGGGAUGCUUGGGAGUUUAGAUUGGUCAAAUAAUGACAUUAAUUUGUUGGAGGCAUCUCAUUUGUUUGCAAACCUUGCAAAUGGUAUUGCACCUCCAGCUCAUUAUGUUAUUCAAGGAGAACAAUACCAUACGGGAUAUUAUUUAGCUGAUGAUGAACAUGAUGAGCAAGCGGAUAUAAAACGUUGGAGAGAAGCGCCGGCUAUUGAAGUUGAUAUACGUAGAGAUGAAACUACUCUAUUUCAAGAAUUUCUUGCUCGACAUAGACAAAUAAAAGAUAGAGAAGCGCAUUAUGCACUUCGUAAUGCAUUGAUUGAGCAUUUGUAG